CUUCGUAUUUUUUGAGUAUUGGCAGAGAAGAAAUUUCCUCUCUGGUAUUAGUUUCUGCAGUCUUACAAGUUAAAACAUAGUUACCAAAUAAUUAUGUUCUAUGAAUAUCUGAAUAUGUAGAAAAAAUAAAAGAACUGGAUACCACUAACAUUAUAUAUAUAUAUAUUAUUGUAAUAACAACGUUCCUUUAUUAAAAGAAGGAAAAGGCAAAAUAUACUUGUACUAAAAUUAUAAUGGAUUAACAUAAAAGUAAUAAGGAAGAAUGUGAAGGAGACAACAAUUUCAAAUUCAUUAUAUUUCAUUCAAAUUUUUGCUAUAUAAAUAACGUUAGAAAGAAUUAGAAAAUAUGAAAGCAUUCCCACAAAUUAUUGUAAAAAUUUGUCCAUUUAUUGCAUUGAUAUAUAGUAUAGCUGUUAUCAUUUUAACAACGUAUAUUAAUGAAAAGCUUACUCCAGUUUUCAUCUUUUUUUGUGUUCAAGUAUAUCUAAAUUGGUAUUCGGUAUAUACUAUAAGUCAUAACGCAACAAUUAUGGAAGUUAAAACUAUGGGAAAGAAGUUAUUAAUAUAUAAUGAGGCAGAAGAUAAUGUUGAAUAUAAAUAUUGGUAUUGCGAAAAAUGUAUGAAUUAUACAUGCAAACCAACACAGCAUUGUGUUUUUUGUAAGAAGUGCUUUCAUUUUCGUGAUCAUCAUUGUUUUUUCUUGGGUGCCUGUAUAUUAAGACAAAAUAUAGGUAAUUUUAUUCUAUUUUGUUUUUAUACAUCUUUAACAUGUAUAUAUUCAUUAUGUACUCUUGGGCCAUACUUAUAUGACAAUAUUAAUCGUGUAAUAAGAACAGAUACGGAUUCCUUCAAUAUAUUUUUGAAUUUCUGCUUUCCUAUUGCUCUUGUUAGAUUAUUACAUUCUAGAGAAAAUACUUACAUACUACUUGUAACAAUGUUUGACAUAUUAGUCUCUAUCUUGUGUAUUUGUUUGGUAUAUGCAACAUGGAAAUUGCAUAGUUGUAUGUCAGGUAAACAGCGGUAUGCAAAUAUAUCAGGAAAACAAACUUUAAGAGAAGUUUUUGGAAAUUACGGCCUUUCAAAUAUUAUUUUCCCAUAUAAUGGUCUUAUAGGGACUAGAGACCUUAAUGGGAAAUAUGAAUUAAAGCAAAUAUAA